CCCACCUUAUCGCCAGUCGCCACCACCAACCCCCGCAAGAGCUCCUCCGCUCCGCCGACGACCGCCAUGGCCGCCCAGAGCAUCCUCUUCGCCGCGCAGCCGGCGCCUCUGUUCCAGGCCCCUUCCUCUGCCCGCCCUUUCCACUCGCUCCGCCUCGUGUCCGCCCCCGGAGGCGCCGCCGCGGCCGCAGCCAGGGCGCUCGUCGUCGCCGACGCCACCAAGAAGGCCGUCGCCGUGCUCAAGGGCACCUCCCAGGUCGAGGGCGUCGUCACGCUCACCCAGGAGGACGACGGUCCUACAUCAGUGAGCGUCCGCAUCACUGGACUUACUCCUGGAAAGCACGGCUUCCACCUCCAUCAAUUCGGUGACACAACUAACGGGUGCAUUUCGACAGGACCACAUUUUAACCCAGAUGGCCUGACACAUGGUGCCCCAGAAGAUGAAGUCCGCCAUGCGGGUGACCUGGGAAACAUUGUUGCCAAUGCUGAAGGGGUGGCAGAGACAACCAUUGUCGAUAGCCAGAUUCCUUUGAGCGGUCCUAAUGCAGUUGUUGGGAGAGCAUUUGUUGUACAUGAACUCGAGGAUGACCUGGGGAAAGGGGGGCAUGAGCUUAGUCUCAGUACUGGAAAUGCCGGUGGAAGACUUGCAUGUGGUGUUGUUGGCCUGACUCCGUUGUAAGUUGUGGGCCUUCAGUUCCAUUGUCCCUGUCACACCUGUUGAGACAGCAUGUUUCUCGUUGUACCUGGAUUUCAGACCAUGGGUGCUUAAUAGCUUAUGAUGAUCGUUUGUAUCAGAGUGUAAAGUUCGGUUUAGCAAAUAAGUGUUGGCACACUCA